CAUUGCAUCUGUGCCCUGGCCACUACACCAUCUAACCAAGAACAGCCUGAAACUCCGGAGCAACCAUGCAGUCUGCUGAUGCCAAAUUCAACCGAAGAUCCUUGUCUCAAGCCCUGCGACAUUACAGCACAGAAGUGCACAACAUGGAACAGACCGUCCUGCUUCCCAGUCUCCUAAGAGAUGUGCCGUCUGGAGGUUUUACGGACUGUGACGCUGCGGAGAACAGCAGCGACCUGUACGAGAACUAUCUGCUUCUGAAAGCCGUCAAGAGCACAGUGGAGAGCGGUCUGUUCGCCCACAACGAUGCCAAGGCUAAGAGCCACGCCAGCCUGCACGAAGGCCUGGAGCCCCUGCUGGAGGCCGACCCAGAGGCACUGUUCCACUUCCAUCUGCGAGGUCUGUUCACCGUCAUGGCGGCGCUCACAAACAAGUCUCAGAGCUUGACGGAGAAAUACUUGGACAUCAUCGGGAUCAGCCGUUAGAAUUCAUCUUGAAGUGGAUUUUAUAAUUGCAGCAUAUACCCGGAGACUCUUUACAUCACUGUCACGUCAUCUAAAUGACAUUUGCACUAAUUUGCACAUUAAAUUGAUUUUUCAACAUCUGUCUUAACAUUUGGCUCUUUUGUCCCCACUUUGCUAAUGUUAGCGUCCAGCUAGCAAGACAUCCACACGUUUGUGCAAAUCCUGAUUGCCGUGCUAUGCUGCAUGAUUAAAAGAGAAUGUUAAAAAAAGAA